AUGAGUAAUAGUAAGCAGGUUGUAGAAGUUCUUGUUAAACAUGGUGCUGAUGUAAAUGCAAAAAAUAAUAUGAAGAUGACACCUCUUCAUUAUUCGGAUAAAAACUUUGAAAUAUUAGAGUUUCUUAUUACUAAUGGAGCAGAUAUAAAUGCAAAGAAUGAAUUGGGAGACUCUAUUCUUCAUUAUUCAACUGGAAAUAUUAAAGUUGUAGAAUAUCUUGUAUCUCAUGGAGCAGAUACUAAUGCAAAAAAUACUAAGUUUAAAACAGUUCUUCAUUAUGCAGCUGAAAAGAAUUGUGUUCCAGUUGUCGAAUAUCUUUUAUCUCAUGUUUCAAAUAUAAAUGCAUACGAUAGAGAAAGGAAAACAGCUUUUCUAUACGCAGCAGAGAAAAAUAGUCUAGAAACAAUGGAAUGCCUUCUGCCGCAUGGAGCAGAUAUAAAUGUUAAAGAUGAUUAUGGAAAAAGUGCUCUUCAUUAUACAGUGUCAAAUAAUAAUCUGGAAACAACUAAUUUUCUAAUUACUCACGGAGCAGAUAUAAACGCAGUAGAUAAGGAUGGACAAAAUGCCCUUCAUUAUGCUGCUAAAUAUCGCAAUAAUAAAACACCAGAAAUACUUAUUUUGAAUGGAAUAGAUAAAAAUGCAAAAGAUAACUACGGACAAACUGCUCUUCAUGUUGCAGCUAAAAAUGAUAAUGGAAAGGUAACAGAAGUUCUCAUUUUAAAUGAUAUAGAUAUUAAUGCAAAAAAUAAUAAAGAAUUAACUGCUGAAUAUGUUGCGAUAUAUAAUCAUUGCGAAGAAGUGCUGGAAGUUUUCCGUUACCCUGAAAUAAUCAAAAAGAAAUAUAAAGGUAAGAAAGACUCCCAUUGUAUUAUUUGA